AUGGCAUCAGCACCUCAGCAUCCCUUGCCUUCCGAGUUCACCACGGAUCCGCGAGUAUUCGUCGACCAGCAGUCUGGCAAACACCAUUACGAGGACGACAACGGGCAGGAAUGGGAGUGGGCGGGACAAGUGUGGAUUCCUCUUGUCGAUGAAGACUCGUGGAAGGCGCAGCAAUCCGCUUAUGCCAUUGCGGGCGUAGACGAGAAUGAACCCGCCAACGCCGUCGUUGCACGCGAAGAAAAGCGCAAUCAGCAGAAGCGCAAGAGGGCGGGUCAGGAUAAGGACUAUACCUCCAACGCCUCGACCCGAGCAGCCGCUUCCGCUGCUCCCCACUCGACCGGACCCAAAAAGACUGGUGUCUUCGUCUCGAAUCUUCCUCCCACAGCGACCGUCUCGCAACUCGCUUCCGUCUUUUCGAAAGCCGGGGUCUUGCUUAUUGGCGACGAUGGCGAACCCCGGAUAAAGCUGUAUAACGAUGCGGAUGGCAAGUUCAAGGGCGAGGCGCUUGUCAUCUACUUCAAGGAGGGGAGUGUCUCGCUGGCGGUGACACUGCUGGAUGAUAUAGAGCUGGAGAUGGGAGCAGGAGCGGGGAACAUGCGGGUCAAGGAGGCGGAGUAUGGAGACGGGUGGUCUGGUGAUAAGAAGGGUGAGGCCGACGGGAGGACAUACACGGCGGAAGAGAAGCAGAAGAUGACAAAGAGGAUCAAGAUGAUGCAAAACAAAGUCACCUGGCACUCGGACGACGACUCGGACGAUCCCAUGGCCCCCAUCGGUGGCGCCCCCAAGCCAGGCGUGAACCGCAUGGCCCGCGUGGUCGUGUUGAAGGGUAUGUUCACGCUGCCGGAUCUGGACAAGGACCCGGCAUUACUUCUCGAGCUCAAGGAGGAUGUGCGGGAAGAGGCAGAGACGAUGGGGCAAGUGACGAGCGUGACGCUGUACGACAAAGAGGAAGAUGGGGUCAUGACUAUCAAAUUUAAAGACUCGGUAUCGGCCGAAGCUUGCGUGGCGAAAAUGAACGGGCGGUUCUUUGACAAACGAAGAAUACAAGCUUCGAUAUAUACCGGCAAAGAGCGGUUCAAGCGGUCUGGCGGUCGAGGUCUCGCGGAUGAGGACGACCAGCGAGGAGAGACGGAGCGAUUAGAGGGGUUCGCCAAUUGGCUGGUCGACGGAUCAGACAACGAGGAAUAA